AAACUAUGGACCAUUCGGUCGUACUCUUCGACAAACAACAGCUAAUAAAGCUACAAAAUUUGGAGGCUAUAACCGUUGAAAAAUGUCAACUAAUACGAGAAGUAUUCGACCUUGAGGAACUGACAAUUAUGGGGGAUGUUGAGAUUCUAUGUCGAUUGACUAGAUUGACCUUGAGUGGCUUACCAAAUUUGGAACACAUAUGGACCAAGGAUCCAAGCAGAGCAUUGUGCUUUCGAAACUUAAAGGCACUGAAGGUGCAAAAUUGUGAGAACUUGAGGUUUCUUUUUUCUUCUUCCAUGGCUAAAGCACUCGUGCAGAUAAAAAAAAUCGAAAUAGUGAAUUGUGUACUGAUGGAAGAAGUUAUGUAUGUGCAAGAAGAAGAAUUAGUGGAAGCUUCAACCACUGACACUUUUGAGUUUCCUUCGUUAACCUCCUUGUCUCUUGUGGAAUUGCCAAAUCUCAAGACAUUCUCUUAUGGAAAGUACUGUAUUCACUUUCCAUCCUUAACAAGACUGACAAUUUCCGAAUGCAUCAAAAUGAUGAAAUUUUCUUCAUUCGAAGGAAGGCAACAGUUGAUGACAAAUGAUAUAGGUUUACAACAAGCAUUUGGUCAUAUCAACUCUGGCUUGUCCUUGCCCAGCUUCUUCAAUGAAAAGUCAGUGAAGCAAAUUAGUAGAAAUAAGAUCAUUAUUCUGUACCAAAAGAUUGGCACUUCGCGGUUCUUCUUCCAAUUUUGGAGGAAUUGA